UUUUUUAUAUUCUCACUCUCUCUCUCUCUCUCUCUCUCUCUCUCUCUCUCUCUCUCUCUCUCUCUCUCUGAUUAUUACAAACAACAAUGGAACUCGUCACAGCCACCUCUCUCCUCUGUUUUCUGGCAAUCUUCAUCGUCUUCAUCUCUCUCAUCAAAUCCUUCUCAUCCAAACGCAACACUCUCCCUCUUCCACCAGGGACUCUUGGGUUGCCCUACGUAGGAGAGACCUUCCAGCUCUACUCCCAAGACCCAAAUGUCUUCUUCACCUCAAAGCAAAGAAAGUAUGGCUCCAUCUUCAAAACCCACAUCUUGGGUUGUCCCUGCGUCAUGAUUUCGAGCCCAGAAGCAGCCAAAUUCGUGCUGACCAGGGCCGAACUGUUCAAGCCCACAUUCCCAGCUAGCAAGGAGAAGAUGUUGGGGAAACAAGCCAUCUUUUUCAACCAAGGUGAUUACCACAGCAAGUUGAGAAAGAUUGUCCUCCGCGCUUUCACCCCGGACGCCAUCAAGUACAUCGUCUCCGACAUCGAGACCAUAGCCAAGGACUCUCUCCAGUCGUGGGAGGGUCGCUUGAUCAACACCUAUCAAGAAAUGAAGACAUUCACUUUCAACGUUGCUCUGCUCUCCAUAUUUGGAAAAGACGAAAUCUUGUACAGAGAGGAUCUGAAACGGUGCUAUUACAUCCUCGAAAAGGGUUACAAUUCAAUGCCCAUAAACCUCCCCGGAACACUCUACCAUAAAUCCAUGAAAGCAAGAAAAGAGCUUGCUCAGAUCUUGGCUCAAAUCCUCUCCACCAGAAGACAGACCAAGGAGGACCACAACGACCUUCUGGGUUCUUUCAUGGGCGAGAAAGAAGGGCUUACAGACGAACAGAUCGCCGAUAACAUCAUCGGAGUGAUCUUCGCAGCUAGGGAUACUACUGCCAGUGUAUUGACUUGGAUUCUCAAGUACCUUGGAGAAAACCCUUCAGUUCUUGAAGCUGUCACUGAAGAGCAACGAUCCAUAUUGAAGGGGAAAGAUGGUGAGAAUAAGGAGUGUAGUCUUAGUUGGGCAGACACAAGGAAGAUGCCGGUCACUGCUAGAGUCAUUCAAGAGACACUUCGAGUUGCUUCCAUUUUAUCUUUUACUUUCAGAGAGGCUGUGGAGGACGUUCAAUAUGAAGGAUAUCUUAUACCAAAAGGGUGGAAAGUGUUGCCCCUUUUCAGAAACAUUCAUCACAGCCCUGACUUCUUCCCUGAGCCUGAGAAAUUUGACCCUGCUAGGUUUAAGGUUGCACCAAAACCCAAUACAUACAUGCCAUUUGGAAAUGGGGUCCACUCAUGCCCAGGGAAUGAGCUAGCCAAGCUGGAAAUGCUGGUUCUUCUCCACCAUCUAACUACAAAGUACAGGUGGUGUGUUGAGGGUGAUCAGAAUGGUAUUCAGUACGGCCCUUUUGCUCUUCCCCAAAAUGGGUUACCCAUCAGAUUGCAUACCCUUUCUUGAGGUCACCAAAUCUCAAUUAUUAUUUCCAUAAAUAGAAACCAACUCAUCAAUUCUCAGACCCUCAAUCAAAACCCAUUUGGUUUCCACUUUCUUUGACAUCAUCACUGUCACUCCAUUCCAUUCCAUUUUACUAUUACCAUCAUCUAAGUUUAUCCAUUACUAUUUUUUUUCUUCUUCUUUCUUUUCAUUCCAAUUCCAAUCGAGAAAGACAAGGAGAAAGUCUCCACCUUUUCUCUUUUGGCCAAGAGAUCAUACCCUUCUUCCUUUAGACCUACUACUACUACUACUACUACUACUACUACUACUAUUAUUCUAUAUUCUUUUUUUUUUUUUUUUUGGGUGUUUUUAGAUCGAUAGAUAUAAGAUAGUUAGAUAUAGAAAAUCCAAAGUCCAAAGCCCAAAAGCCAUUGAGCCAUACCAAGACAAGUGUACAGAAGAGAAGAGAAGAGAAGAGUCUUUCCUUUAAAGCAAAACAACAAUUGAACUGUGGUCAUUUUUGUUUUCGAUUCUAAGAGGAAAACCAACACAACUUCAGGCGGUGUGACAUCCUUCAUUCCAAUCAAAAUCAAGUCAAAUGUAUUAUUAUUAUUAUUAUUAUUUAUUUAACUAGCUUGGCUAGGUUUUUAUUUUAUAUUUACACCCUCCCAACUAAUAUUUUCUAUUUUAUAAUUAUAGUUAUAGAUAUAUAUAACUUCUUCUUAAUCAUAAAAUGUAAAGCCGCAAGGCGUGCAUUGCAGAAUGAAAUUUUGAUGAUGAAUAACAAAUUUUAUUCUCUCA